ACCAGACGGGCGGCCGGAAUGCUCGGGAGGCGACACAAAGUACUUCUCGUGUCAGACGCAGGACUGUCCACCCGACGCCAUCGACUUCAGGACGGAGCAGUGCGCGGAGUUCGACAACGAAUUGUUCAGGGGAUAUAAGUACAACUGGGUGCCAUACACGAAAGCUCCGAACCCGUGCCAAUUGAACUGCAUGCCGCACGGCGAGCGGUUCUACUACCAGCACAAGGCCAAGGUCAUCGACGGCACCAGGUGUAACGACGAGUCUUUCGACGUCUGCGUCAACGGAACUUGUCAGCCCGUCGGCUGCGACAUGAUGCUGGGAUCCAACGCUCGCGAAGACAAGUGUCGCGAGUGUCGCGGUACCGGCGCUAACUGCCACACAACCUCCGGUGUCUUUGACACACAGGACCUCAUGAAAGGUUACAACGACAUCUUGCUGAUUCCUGAAGGCUCUACCUCUAUAAUCAUUGAAGAAAUUGCACCUUCUAACAAUUAUUUGGCAUUAAGAGCAAAGAACGGCACGUACUACCUGAACGGGCACUAUCACAUCGACUUCCCGCGCAGCAUGCUGAUCGCGGGCGCGCUGUGGACCUACGAGCGCAGCCAGGGCUUCGCCGCGCCAGACAAGCUGAGGUGUUUAGGACCUACCAGCGAACCGCUCUACCUAUCUCUUCUACUUCAAGACGAGAACGUAGGCAUCAGCUACGAGUACAGCGUACCGAACGAGUCAGCGCCCCCAGCGGACAAGCGAUACAACUGGGUACAUGAGGAGUUCACACCCUGCAGCGCGUCCUGCGGAGGAGGUUUCCAAACUCGUAACGUGACAUGUCGAUCUCGGGAAGAGCUGGAGGUAGUUGACGACAGCCUGUGCGAUGAGGGUCUGAAGCCGCCCACCAACCAGUCCUGCAGCCCCGAGCCAUGCCCUGCGCAGUGGGUGGAGGGAGAGUGGGGCGAGUGCUCGAAGCGGUGUGGCAGUGGCGGGGUCAAGGCCAGGGAGGUCACCUGCCAGAAGAUCAUUGCCAACGGCUACUUGUCAAUAGUUCCCGACAAGGAAUGCUUCGACCUGCUGGGCCCGAAGCCCGAACUGUUCCAGGAGUGCAACCAGGACGCGCCCUGUCCGAUCUGGUUCAUCGGGAAAUGGAAACCGUGUGACAAACUCUGCGAUGAAGGAACACAAAGGAGACAAGUCGUUUGCUAUCAAAAGAAAGAUGGCCGUAUCGAAGUGCUCGAUGAUAAGGACUGUCCCGAUGAGAAGCCAGUGAGCGAGCAGCCCUGCUACGAGCAGCCUUGCGAUGGAGUCGACUGGGUCACCUCCGAAUGGGCCGGAUGCGACUCGUGUUUCUCUAAAAACCGCACGAGAACUGUGGUGUGUGUGACGAAAGGUGGAGUCGUGUUGAAUAACAGCUUCUGCGAGUACCAUCUGAAGCCAGUGGAUGUUGAACCGUGUGAUGAGGACAAGCUGCCGGCUUGUGAGGUGCAGUGGUAUGCGGAGCAGUGGGGCAAGUGCUCAGUGAAUUGCGGCGACGGUAUUCAAACUCGUCAAGUGUUCUGUGGACUGUACACCAAUCAAACUGUGUUUGUCGUUUCAAAUGACAAGUGCGCUCAUCUACCUAAGUACAAGGAUACCAAGAACUGCACUAUCCCUAAAGAAGAAUGCCCUGCGCAGUGGUUCGCAGGACCGUGGACUGAGUGCGACAAAGAAUGUGGUGGAGGUCUUCAGGAUCGCAGCGUGAUGUGUCUCGAAGGUGACAAGAAGGUCAAGAAAUGCGACGGAACCAUUGUCUUGGAGUCCUCACAGUCCUGCAACACUGGACCUUGUGAUAAAGAUGAGAUGUUGCCGGUGAACGUGAAGUCGACGACAAUCAUGGACGAAGAGGAAUGUGAAGACUACGACACGGACUACUCCGAGGUCGGCCUCGACGAGGCCUUGACCACGCUUGACACGAUGUUCAGCGAUGCAGCCUUCGGCGAACCAGAGUCUCCAUUCGAAACUGGAUCUGGAUUUGGUGAAGGCUCGGGAUACUUCUCCAGUUUCUCAACAGGCUCAGACUACACCACUGAUACCGACUUCACGACUGACUCCACAGACAUUAUAAGCAAACCAGCAGGAACAACGGUAGACAAAGAUGAAACUACAAAAACGACAGCUUUCCUGACACCGAGCGAGAGCAACGGCACAACACCGAUACCUAUGUCUGGGGCUACCGAUUCAACAGAUGUAACAUCAAGUGGUGACACUGAUACGACAGAAACAGGUUCAACUGAAACCAGUGAAACUGGAUCCACAGAAUCUGACGCUACUGACGACACAGCAUCAACCGACGAUGGAAGUGCAAGUACUGAUGAUAGUUCAACAACAGAGGGUGGAACCGAAGUAACAGACAGUUCUUCUGACGGUGACUCGUCGACUACUGAAACCGGUGUCACGGAUACUGCUGUGACAGAAGACACCAGCGAAACCGGCUCAGAUAGUACCUUAACUACUGACGCAGGAUCAAGUGAUAGCACCGAGUCUUCAACAAUUUCUGGUAGCACUGAUGUGUCUGAUACGGAUGCCACAGGUACAGAGACCACUGAUGAAUCGACUGUCACAGAGGAGACAGUAACUACAGAUUCGACGGAAACUGAGGAUACGGACACCACAGAGACCAGCUCAACUGACACCACGGAAGAAACUGGCACGACUCCAACAUCUGAAAGUGAUACCACCGACUCAACCACUGAUGGUUCCGCAUUAACAACAGGAGAUGAAACAACUGCUUCGGAUCUAUCAAGCGAAUCCACAACUUCUGCAGAUGAAACAACUUCGAAAUCAACAGCAGCAUUAACACCAACAUUCACUGGUUCUACAGAAGUAUCGACUUCAACUGACGCUACUGAAUCUAGUACAGAUAGUUCAGGAGCCACUGAUGCGACAACCGACCUUGGAUCCACCACUGACGGAGGUUCGACAGUUUCUACGAAUGAGGGAGUAGAAUCAUCGACAGUAGAUGCAAGCACAGAGUUUACAGAGAGCAGUACUUUCGAGUCCACUUCACUAGGAUCUACGGAAUCUGAAGCCACCGAGUCUUCAGUUACCGACUCAUCUGAUUUUACAACAGGAUCUGAAGCUACUGACGGUUCAGAAUCCACGACAGAAGCCGGAUCAACAACAGAAGCAGGUUCAACCGCUAGUGGAGAAACGGAAUCAACGGACUCGAGCAGCACUCAAGAGUCGACCGAAGAAUCGACAACUGGAUUCAGCACAGAAAAAGAUACAGCGGCGACAGAGGAGAGCACCACAGAAGGCUCCACUUCAGCCUACAGCAGCACCGAGUUCACCACUGAGGGUAGCACCACCGAGGACCUCUCAAGUACAGAAGGAUCCUCAACAGAAGGAGUCAUCAUAUCUACUGGCUCAACACCUCGGUCUUUCAUCAUCACAAGUCGCAAACCGUUCUGCAAGCCACGUAAAAGUAGGAAGCCUAAAUGUGAAAAGACCGAGUUCGGAUGUUGUCCUGACAAGAAAUAUGCCGCCGCUGGACCAUUCGAUGCAGGUUGCCCGAAACCGCGUACCUGUAAGGAGUCGAUUUAUGGUUGCUGUCCGGACGGACUAUCAGCGAAGUUGGGAGAGAGUAACGAGGGCUGUCCCGUGGAGCCCUGCGCCGAUACGCUCUUCGGCUGCUGCGCCUCCGACAACAAGACCGCAGCCCAAGGCAACGACCAGGAUGGGUGCCCGCCGCCGCCGCCUAAAUGCUUCUCAUCUAAGUUUGGCUGCUGUGCUGAUAAUGAAACUGAAGCAACUGGACCAGAUUCUCAAGGAUGCCCCGAAUCUGAAACAACGACCGUCGCUGCUGACACCGAAACUACAGCCGGAACCACAGAAUCAAGCGAAUUUACCGACGCAAGCGAGGCAAGCAGCACACCCGCUGAGAGCUCCACAGACUUCACUGCAGGAUCCACCGCAGAAGCAGACUGCAGUGCUACUGCCUUUGGUUGCUGCCAAGAUGGUGUAUCACCAGCUCAAGGAGCAGCAAUGGAAGGAUGCCCUGCAGCAUGCGCUUCAUCAGCUCACGGCUGUUGUCAAGACGGCAAGACUCCAGCUCACGGACCUGACUCCGAAGGAUGCUGCUUACUGCACUCCUUUGGUUGCUGCCCUGAUAACCGCAAACCGGCCGAAGGACCACACCUUGAUGGUUGUGGCUGCCAGUACGCCCGCUAUGGUUGCUGUCCCGACAACGCCACCAUUGCGCAAGGCCCAGACAAUGAAGGCUGCGGUUGCCAAUACACGGAACAUGGGUGUUGCCCAGACAGGCAUACGGCGGCCUCAGGUCCUAACAACGAGGGUUGUGGCUGUAACACAUACCAGUUCGGCUGCUGCAACGACGGUAUCACGGUCGCCAAGGGCCCCGACCAGCAGGGCUGCCACUGCCGCGACUCCAAGUACGGCUGCUGCGGCGACGGCGAGACCGCCGCCACCGGACCUGAGUCCGCCGGCUGCGACUGCUCCUCCAGCCAGCACGGCUGCUGCCCUGAUGGAAACACUGCAGCUUCUGGACCUAAGUUCCUUGGUUGUACUGAUGCUCCUGAGAAUAAACAAGCGGUAUGCGGUAUGCCAACGGACCCCGGACCAUGCCACAACUUCACGGCAAGCUGGUACUUCGACCUGGCAUACGGCGGCUGCUCCCGCUUCUGGUAUGGAGGCUGCGAAGGCAACGGCAACCGUUUCGCCACAAAAGAGGAGUGCGAGGAUGUCUGCGUGCAGCCCGCGCCUAAGGACGCGUGCAAGUUACCAAGCGUGAAGGGUCCGUGCGACGCUGACUACGUGCGCUGGCACUACAACAGCUCGCGCGAGCAGUGCAUCCCCUUCAGAUACGGAGGCUGUCUCGGUAACUCCAACAACUUCGACACCAGGGAACUCUGCCAGACACAGUGCGAACCUGACAGGACAGCUAAUCAAUGCAACCUGCCCAUCGAGCAAGGUCCAUGCGCCGGCAACUUCGGUCGCUGGGGCUUCAACGCGGAGAGCCGCCGCUGCGAGCAGUUCAUUUGGGGAGGCUGCGAGGGUAACUCCAACCGGUUCAGUAGCGAGGCCGCCUGCCUCAUGCGCUGCGACCCACCGGGAGCACCCAAACCUCAGUGCUCAGAGCCACAAGAAGCCGGCACUUGUUCAGAGAAACAGGCUCUCUGGUCGUUCAGUCAGUCGGAGAACCGUUGCAUGCCCUUCUACUACAGCGGCUGCGGAGGAAACAACAACAAGUUUGUGGCUAGAGAGCAUUGCGAACAGGCCUGCCCGAGAGCUUAUGUACCUGACAAGUGCACGUUGCCUGCUGAGGUCGGAUCGUGCUCUAACUACAGAGAGAAGUGGUUCUACGAUACCGGCAUUAAGAGAUGUCGUCAGUUCUACUACGGAGGAUGUGGAGGCAACGAGAACAACUUCGGUAGCGCGGCCGAGUGCGAGAGCAGCUGUAAUGAGGCCCUGCUCACCACCACCACCACCACUCCUAGACCCACGCAGCCGCAACCGCAGCCGCAACCGCAGGAACCUGACCGUCAACCAGAACCGGAACCCGACAGGCCAGAAUUCUGUUUCCUGGAGGUGGACUCUGGUCCAUGCACCAACAUGGAGACUCGUUACGCGUAUGACAGCGCGCUCGGCAAGUGCAGGACCUUCGAUUACGGAGGCUGCGGUGGAAACAGAAACAACUUCCCCAACGAACUCUACUGCACACACUACUGUCACCCUGUCCAAGACAUUUGCCAGUUACCGAUGCAGACGGGUCCUUGCGACGACUCUCAGAUGCGCUGGUUCUACGACCGCGCCAGCGACUCCUGCAGCCAGUUCACCUACGGAGGUUGCGAAGGAAAUGACAACAGGUUCGAGAGCCGUGAGGCUUGUGAGAGGAGAUGCAGGACAGGUCCCGCGCAGACCACGGCAAGGACAGUCACCACGGCGGCUCCCACCACACCAUAUGUUGACGAAGUCCCAGAGGAGUGCAGGAUCCCGGGCUCCCUGGAGCAGUGCUUGUCGCCGGGCGAGGUGUGGUACCUGGAGCCGAGCAGCCGCGAGUGCGUGCCGCACAGCAACCCGGACAGCGGCGCCGCCUGCCGCUACCGAGGCACCUUCCCCACGCAGGAGGCCUGCGAGAGGUCCUGCGGUGCCUUCCGAGGAGUUGACGUGUGCCAACAACGGCUGGACCCCGGACCUUGCACGUCGUACGUCACGAAGGUCUACUAUGACGUACCUUCCGGUCAAUGUCUGGAGUUCGCGUACGGUGGCUGCCUCGGAGGCGCCAACCGGUUCUCCUCAGUACAAGAGUGUGCUCAAGUCUGCAAGGCUGAGAUAGACGUGUGCUCCCUCCCACCAGAGGGGGGCAACUGCCUCGACUACAUCCAGCAGUGGUUCUACGACGCCUCCCGAGACCAGUGCAACCAGUUCGUGUACACUGGGUGCAGUGGCAACGAGAACAGAUUCGAGACGCAGCAAGAUUGCGAAGCUCGAUGCAGGCGACCGGUUUACGCACCACCUCAGCAGACCGCUGAAGGAGAAUGCACCACGCCGAGCUCCCUGCUCCCGUGCGGCGACAACGUGACGGUGUUCUACUACGACUCGGAGCGGCGCUCGUGUGUCGCCGGCGAGUUCGGCGGUUGCCAGCACCCCAACUCCUACAGCAGCGAGGAGGAGUGCGAGAGGCGCUGCGGAGCCUUCCGAGACCAAGACGUGUGUGGAGCUCCCCUGGACCCCGGACCAUGCCGCGCUUCCUUCCCCAAGUUCUACUGGGACUCGCGCACGGCCAGCUGCCAGCCCUUCGCGUACGGUGGCUGUGCUGGCGGACCCAACCGGUUCUCCACUGUUGACGAGUGCGACAGAGUCUGUGGUGCCGCCGGCCCUGCGCGCGAGUGCCUGCAGGCCGUGGACACGGGCGUCAGCUGCGACGCGCCGCAGACCCCGCGCUGGCACUACAGCGCGCUGGACCAAGACUGCAUCGUGUUCAUCUACCAGGGCUGCGGCGGCAACGACAACAACUUCCGUUCUUACGACGAAUGCUCCAAUGUCUGCCAAUUUCCGAGGUCGACAGGCAACGGUGUCGACCAAGGGCCGGACUGCUAUCUGCUACAACAGGAGUGCGACGCGCUCGACUGCCCGUACGGCACCGACAGAUUUGAACAAGAUGGCUGCCAGAGAUGUAGGUGCCGUGAAGACCCGUGUGUGCGUGCCGCCUGCUCGUCGGACGAGCGCUGCGUAGCGGUCGCCACUCGAGACAGCCGCACUCAGGAACCGAUCUACUCAGCUAGAUGUGAUAAGACGAACGAAGUAUUACCAGACUGCGAGGCUUACGAAGCCCAGUGCUCGCGGCUCCGCUGCGACUACGGCGUGCAGCGCACGCGCACCGCUGACGGCUGCGAGCGCUGCGCGUGCGUCACCGUCGAGGUCAACUGCGAGCUGCUGAAGCAGGAGUGCAGGCAACUCAACUGCUCCUACGGCAAGGAGUUGAGCGUCGGCGAUGAUGGCUGCGAGAGAUGUACCUGCAAAGACCACCCAUGUAGCAACGUACAGUGUGCGCAAGGCGAGCGCUGCGUCGUGUCUGCUUACAGAAACGCUGUUGAUUUCGAACCGAGAUACUCUUCAGAAUGCAGAAUAAUUGUCAAGCCUGGCAUGUGCCCCAUGGACGAAACGACAACGAACGAGGUGACGUGUCGUCACGAGUGCACGGACGACGCGGACUGCCGCGGCGUGGGCAAGUGCUGCCGGCGCGGCUGCAGCGACCUCUGCGUGCUGCCGGCUGAAGAUACCACCACCCUACGUCCAGUCUACACCACCGCCUACUCACCAGAUGUCCCGUCCGCGCCGCGCCCGGUUCCGCAGCAGGAGCCGCAGGUGGCGGCGUCGGAGGGCGGCACGGCCACGCUGCGUUGCCUGUUCCACGGAAACCCACCGCCUAAGAUCACCUGGCGCCGGGGCGAACUUACCAUCGACGGCACCGUGGGUCGCUACCGGCUGACGUCUGACGGCGCGCUGGAGAUCGUGUCGCUGUACCGCAAUGACACCGGCGUCUACAUUUGCGUGGCGGACAACGGCUUAGGGGAGGCUCGCCAAGAGAUACACCUGGUCGUUAACGAUCCCGUGAGGAUGCCGGUCGGUAUCGCCGGCGAUGAGAACGCCGUGGUGACGGGCGAGCUGGGCCGGCCGCUGGUGGUGCGCUGCCUGGCCUACGGGUACCCGCAGCCCAGCGUGUUCUGGUACCGCGGCUACGACGGAAACAUGGUGCCCUACAAUGACGCGAUAUACGAGGCCAGAGGAAACAUCCUGCUCAUUAGAAGCUUAGCUAUUGAGACACUGGGAGAGUACACGUGCCAAGCGUAUAACGGAGAAGGCAAGGCCGCGUCGUGGGUGGUAGCCGUGCAGGCGUACAGGCCUGAUGGCAUCUUCGCCGAACACCAGUACCUGGUGCCGCGGUACAACGUGGCGCCCAUGGCCAAGACCAACCCGCCGACCACUCGGGAAACGACCACCACCACCACCACUGAACCUCCCAGACGAUUGUACACCGUGCCGGUUAGCACGCACGUGACGGCGGCGCAGACAAUGCUGAACAUCGGCGCCGAGCUGCGGCUGACGUGCGAGGUGGACGGUUUCCCCGACCCCGACGUGCACUGGACCAAGGACGGCGAGCCCAUCAGGAACGACAGUGACAGGACUUCUAUUUCAUCCAGCACGAUAGUGUCCCGGCUGCUGGUGACGCGCGUCUCUGUGGCCGACAGCGGGCUGUACGCCUGCCACGCCCGCAACCCCUACACCUCACAUUCCGACACCGUACAAAUCAACGUUCAGCAACUGGUAGUGCCAGCCAAGUGUACAGACAACCCAUUCUUCGCCAACUGCGACCUGAUCGUGCACAGCAAGUUCUGUCGCCACAAGUAUUACUCCAAAUUCUGUUGUAAGUCGUGUGUGGAGGCAGGCCAGCUAGACCCGCAGGAGGCUGAGCUACAGGCAGACCAGCCUUUCAGGAGGAAGUAGACAUCAGCUUCACCAAGAUCUUUACCUAGUGUAGAGUACGCCGAGUGCGCGACCGAUAUCACCAUGUUAGUUAAUACCAAAACUUAUAAAACCCUCGAAGCUACUUAAAAUACUUUAUACAAUGUUAGUUCAAAGAGUUAUCUCAUAACAAUACACCACACUUUACACCACAUUGUAGUUUUGAAUAAAGCACAGUUUUAUUUAGUUCGCAGUAAUCGUCGGUCGCUAAACUUUGGCAGAUAAUAUUGUUAUUGUUUCAUGUGCCAUAAGUGGAAUAGUUAAUGUGCCACGAUGAACUCUCCCGGCACGUCGCGAUGGCGGUACAUGUUAACACACAAUCAUACCAAUAGAUUAUAAUGUAGAUAGUUAAUAUUACUCUUAACAUUUUACUUAUGUAAAUAAAUAUUUUAAAAUGUCACAAACUCCAUCUGAGAUGGACUAUUUUUGAGUAAUUUUACAUGUCUACAUAGUCAGAUGAUAUAGUGAAUAAAUUAUUUAUGCAAUAAGUUGUCUAAUAAAGUGAAUGUUUAGCACGUAGGGUAAGCUAGGGUGGCUAGAUGAGAGUCAUAAUAUUUUGUUUAAGUGGAAUUCUUUUAUAAUUGUGACAAUGUAAAUAGAUGAACAAUAAAAAACGUAUUAGCAAAA